AUGGCCACCGUCAUCGCCGAGUACGAGCGCGCCGUGAAGGCCAAGGCGGAGAUCGAGGCGGAAAUCGAGGCCGUGGGCGCCGAAUUAACCUCGGGCAACAACCCCGGCCUGCAUGGGCCGCUGGUGGACGCCGAGGGCUUCCCGCGCGCGGACAUCGACGUGUACCGCGUGCGGCAGCUGCGGCACGCGCUCGCGAUCAAGCGGACGGAUCACCAGCAAGUUAUGAGGAAGAUCGAGGAGCUCUUGCCACAGGUUUUCGCGGCCCGCAGCGGCCCUAAGGCGGAGGAGACGCCCACGACGCCGCCCAAGGCCAAGCAAGUGGACGCGACGCUGCAGAAGCUCGAGGCCGAGUGGAAGCAAAAGCUGGCGGUCGUGUCGGACGAGGAGAGACGGCUGCAGCCCUUCGCAGUGGUGGAGAGCGUCCAGCCAGAGUCGCCCGCCCAAGCCGCGGGGCUGCAGGCGCAGGACCAGGUGCUGCGCUUCGGCUCGGCGGACGCGAGCAACCACCGGCAGCUGGCGGCCGUGCGGGACAUCGUGCAGCGCAACAUUGGCAGCGGCAUCCGCGUGCUGGUGCGGCGUCAGGCAGAGCAAGAACUUGAGCAGGUGCUGGCGCUGGCGCUCACGCCGCAGACGUGGGCGGGCGCUGGAGUGCUGGGCUGUCUCCUGCAGUUAAUGUAA